GAAAGGAGGAGGUGAAAAAAUGGGGAGAAAACCAUGCUGUGACAAAGAGGGAGUGAAUAGAGGAGCAUGGUCUUUGAAGGAAGAUGAACUUUUAAGCAACUACAUUCAACUCCAUGGUGAAGGCAGAUGGAAAUCUCUUCCUCAAAAAGCUGGUUUGAAUCGCUGUGGGAAGAGCUGCCGGCUGCGUUGGAUGAAUUAUUUGAGACCUGGCAUUAAGAGAGGUAACAUUUCUCCCGAUGAAGAAGACCUUAUCAUUAGACUUCAUCGUCUUCUCGGUAACAGGUGGUCUUUGAUUGCCGGAAGACUUCCAGGACGAACAGACAACGAGAUCAAGAAUUACUGGAACACUUUUCUAUCGAAAAAGUCGAAUUCCCAUGUCUCAAAGACAUUCGAAAGUGAAGACAAGAAAUCUCUGAGAAAAUCAAUGUCGAGUACUACUCGUAAUGUAAUUGUGCCAAAGGCCACUCGUUUCACUAAGGUCUUACUCUCGCUUGACGAAGAUGAUCACUUUAAGACCAGCCAAUGCCCUCCUUCAUCCACCCCAGUUGAUACCAAUGAUGGGUCAACACCAGAAUCUUCAAAGGAAAACGAUGUUCUGGAUAUGCCUAAUGCUUUUGAUUACUUGGAUUUCUCAGAGAUUGGGACAGAGGGCAUAUUUGAGAACAACAACGUGCUUGAAAGUGAUGAUGUUGCACCAUUGUUUGAUAUGGAGUUCCACAAUCUGACAUAUUCAUUGGAACUUGAAGAUGAUUGGACUAAUUUAUUGUAGACGA